AUGAUGGUCAUUUUAGAGGUUGUUUGGGGUGUUGCUGAACUUCAAACACCUGUUGGCAGCAGGCUUCACGACAGUGUCGCAAAUCAUGAUGCAACGUUACUCAUGGAAACCAGAGAAACGAGCUCGCGGGAGGAGUUUUGUUUACACUCUUGGGGAGCCAACAGCUACGGCCAGCUGGGACAGGGACAUGUGGAGGACCUGUCGGAGCCCCGGCUCACUGACAACACCGCCCUGCAAGACAAGACUGUCCGGGCUGUGUGCGGCGGCGGGGGUCACUCUGUGGUUAUCACCGGGCAUGGAAAUGUGUUUGUGUGCGGACAGAAUCACAGAGGCCAGCUGGGACUUGGUCACAAUGCAGACAUCUCAACUUUUCAACUCUGCCCCAUCCUGAGUCAGAGAGUCACUAAAGUCGCCUGUGGUUGGGACUUUACUCUUCUUCUCACUGACUGUGGUCGAGUACUGGCAUGUGGCUCCAAUUCAUUUGGACAACUAGGUGUUGGACAAACAAUCAAACACUCUGCAGAUCUGCUGGUUGUUGAGAGUCUGAAGGAGCCAGUGGUGAAUGUAGCAGCAGGACUCAGACAUUCACUGGCUGUGACUGACUCAGGCUGUGUAUAUCAGUGGGGAAGUGGUCUUUCCAGUCACGCUAAGAGAGCACUCAGUCCACACCCUGUUCCUGCACACCUCAACUCUACAGUGCCCUCUUUGGUACCAGGUCUGGAUCAGAAGACACCACUAAUGGUGACUGCAGGCUCAGCGCACUGUGGGUGCCUCACAGGAGACGGCGAUUUGUUUCUGUGGGGAAGCAACAAGCAUGGCCAGCUGACCGCCACAGAGCCCUUCCUGUCCUCUCCCACUCUUGUAAAGCACUCACUGCUGGGUGGAGAGAAAGUUGUCCACGUGUGGAGCGGCUGGACACACACUGUUGCUCAAACAGAGAGUGGGAGAGUGUUGACAUGGGGCAGAGGAGAUUAUGGACAGCUGGGCCGACAAGCAUCAACCAGUCAGAACUCAGAGGGGCAGUCAACAGGUCCUUCAGCAGAAGGUGGAAACCAGCCAGCUUGUCGCCCUGCAGAAGUUAAAGUCCUCCAUGGCGCGACACAGAUUGCAUGCGGAUCUGAGCAUAACCUUGCCAUCGUAGGGGGUUGUCUCCUCUCCUGGGGCUGGAACGAACAUGGGAUGUGUGGAGACGGUUCACAGAGCGACGUUUUUCAGCCGCAGCUCGUUUCGGGUCUCAGACCUCUUCUCAUUGGCUGCGGAGCCGGACACUCUAUGGCAGUGUGCGCUGCGACCGCUGACUCAAGACUCAAACUCUGCAACGACUCAGUAUCAUCGGAGCAGGAGCAUUUAUUCAGCACGAAGGGGUCGGAGACAAGACACACAGAAUGAUUUUGUGAAUUAACAUAUCUCUGACUGACUAAGUGGUGUUUAUGAUUAUUCUAAGUGCCUCUGAAUAUAAAGUAACUUUCACCUUGUAAUAGGCCACUUUAAAAAGAUCAGGCUUUAAACUGCACUCAUCAUAAAUACUGUUAUGUGUUUGGACACAGGCUGAGUUAUGUUACAUGUGGACAGAGGCCAUCAUUUCUCUUACCAGCCCAUCACUUUCAUGGACGUGACUGGGAGCCGAUGGCUUUGCAGGACAUGGCCAUGCCUAUGGCUCCUGGUCCACCUGCCAUGUUUGUCUCCCUGAUUGUAGCCGCUAUGGAUCAUGUGAGGGAUAGGUUAGACUGGUGCUAUAGCUCUAUCUUCCCAUGUCAGCAGGUUUAUUGCUGUGAUCUUGGGUGUCAGGAGACAAUCAAUCUCUGCACUUCAUACUUGGUCAUCUCAUGAUUUACCACUUACACAUAAGAGUACAGUAUUUUUUCUUUGGCAACUGUCCAUCACUUAUUUAUAUUCUUGGCAGUCUGUGUCAUAUUCCUCGGCGUUCUGUUUGUCUCAUUUGCACCUCUUUCAUGCUGUAUACUUCAUUAAUCCCUCUUGGGGGAAAUUCGCCCGCUGCAUUUGACCCAACCUACAUAUUUAUAAGCUGUGGGCGGCCGCAGUGCAGCACCGGUGACCAAAUGCAGGUCUGAAGACAGUGUUGUGGUCAAGGGCAAUGGCAAAACUCAGUAUGGCUCAUUGAUGCAAUUUGUUCACUUUUUUUAAUUUAAAUGUUUUUAUUUUGUCUUUAUGAUUUAUGCAAUUUAAAUAAAAACCCAUUUGUGUCACUGAAAUUAUGCAUUAGUAAAAGUUAAAUUAAUGUGCUUAUACCUGAAUUAGUUUGAAAAAAUAAAUCAACACUCGUUGAAAAAAGAUCAUUUCUGUGUUUUUUUUAUUUAUCACUAUUUAUUGUACAAGCCUGAACUGUAUUGGUCAAAAAAGACAAAAAAUCCCUAAACAACAAACCAAUCAAAAUGAUCACUGAACACCUUAUUGAGAUAACUAACCACAAAAUGCACGGUGUUCAAAACACACACACUGAAGUCUCACUAAACGGCACCUUUAGUUGCCUCGUAGUUGUUUUUUGUCUCGUUUUGUAACAGCUGCUGUUUUUAUUCCGUGUCGGCCAAUGACCAGCACACUGUCCCCCAUGUUUGUGCUCAGCUCUGUUGGCAGAUUCAGUUCUGCUGUACCUGACUGCAUACAGUUCUCAGUAGGUUGUUGGCAGUGUGUUUGCAGUUGUUUGGUAAAAAGUUGGUCCCUUUCCACUAACUUUUCCACACCAACAGUGAAGCAGUACUUUGCAUCCAGUAGCUCUCCUCUCUGUUUUUAAUUAGGUAUGCUCAUUACUUGCCUUAGAAGCUGAUCCCUAUGGGGGUCCUUAUUGUAUCUGUGUGCUUAUUGAAUACUGAACUGGUGCUUGCUUUAAACGGCUGGUGACUGAUGACUAAUGUGAAAUAAAAUGUGCAAUAAUUCAUCAUGUCGGUUAAGCUAUACUCCUGAAUGAUAAGAAGAAUUUGCAUAACAGAGGCACUUGUCCAGUGUGAUGUGUGUAAUGUUUGGCAUUGGUUAGUAUUACAUAUUAACACGCCAAUUUGCAUAUGUGCAGAAAAAGAAUCAUAAUUCAAUUCUACAUGAUUGUCAAUUAAAAGACACUACAGAAUAAGUAUGACUGUUUGAGCUGUGAUAUGAGUCAAUGUAUUUUAUACAUAAGCUGUCUUUGUUUAUCAAAGCAUAGCUACGUAUGACGAUCUAUCAACAUUUAAUUCAUGUUGAAUAUCUGUUUUCCCUUUGUGAAUAACCCUUUUCAAGUUUUGAUAAACCAAACAAUUAUUUACCAGUUCUCAGCAGCAGACUUUGCCAUUUUUAAUGCCUCAUAAAUACAAGGUAGGAGUGGUGUUUUUUUUGUUUGUUUGUUUGUUUGUUUGUUUGUUUUUUCAGUAUGACCUUUUUUUGUGGAUGUUAUCUCUUUGAUGCCUGAAAACAUAUCAAAGGAAUGUUAAAAGUUCACUGGUGCAAAACAGUGCAAAAGUCUACAAAGAUGUGACGAUGACAGUGCAAAGUUUAAAUGAUUUCUUUCAAACUGUUUAGUCUGGCUGACAUGACACGUGACAUUGUUUCUGUUUUUUGUUGUCGUUGUUUUUUCUUUUUUCUUUUUUUUGCCGGGGUGAUUAAAAUCGGAGCAACAUUUUUUUUUCUUUCAACAGAAGAAGCACACAGAUAUUUGAUGAUCACUCAAAAAACAUUGGGUACACACAACUUCAGCACACAAAAAAAGCGUAUUUACAGCACUGGCACACACCAAAAAUAGGCACACAAAUUACAACACAGUAACCAGUCACAGAUACUGACCUACAUAAGGCUUGACAACAAAACUUCCUCAGUGCUAC